AUGAGCACUGACCACUGGACCAAGAAGACGGACCACCGCCUCGAGGAAGACGCCGCACCUCCAUCACUCCAAGCCGCCCACCACCGAGCUUCGCCCCGCCGACGGCACCGAGUCCCAGCAAACCUUCCCGCGGAGCGCCUAUCUUCUUUCCCCCGCCGAGGACCCCGGACUUCAGACACACCGCUGCCGCCGCGGCUGGACAGCUGGAACCUUUUCCCCCCCUCCAACAGAUUUUAG